CCCUUUCAGUCUCGGAGCUGCUAACUUGGAGGAGAAAACGCGAGAUCCUGAAAGUCUCACAAUGUUGCGGAUAUUGGCCUGUCUGAUUGUCUUGGCAUCGUUUGGCGCCUCGCAGUCGGCGACACUUCACAGGAAUAAGAGAUGGAACAACGGCGGCGAUGAGUAUGCUGUUGCCCCUGACUACAAGCCCAUGGCACUGGAUGACCCGAGAAGACAGAAGCAGGUUGAGACCUACUCGGACACUGCUCAGGGUUUGACUGUGGUCAAGGAUCCCUCUGACGGAAUCAAGGCGUGCUUCAUCACCGACCUUGACCCCGAGUUCUUCCUGGACACAGAGGAGAAACUUGGAAUCGUUAGCUCUCCCGACCAUGAGCCCUUCAUCGUCAGCAGCCCGAUAAAAUUCGAGGAACUUCAAGACAGGGCUGGUCCCAUCAUCAGCAAACUCUGCAGCCGUCUUCACACUUUCUGGCUGAACGCACAACUCCCUCCUCCCCUGGCCAAAGGCCAAGCCCCGCCCUCUACUAUCAAAUCCACACCCGCUAUCAUCAGAACUCCAGCCCCAAUCCACCUGGCCAACCACAACAUAGUUGAGACCGUCCUUGCCCCAGGGGCUCAAGCUCAUGUGAUGAGAACCCCUCCCCCACUUCACCGCGACUUCAAGACCCCACCCCUCUGCCCAAAGCCAUGAGGACCCCACCCCCACUCCCCACAACUUUAAAGUCCCCCCUCCCCUGAAGUAAAGACUUUCCUCCCCUGACCUACAUGAAACGUAACAUGCAUUUUUGUGGAGAGAUUUAUUAGACGUUAUGUUGUUAUGUCGCGAUGUAUAGAGGCAGAGAGAGAAUCACACUACCCAAGUCAGAUAUAUAUGGAGGUGAACUUACUUUAACUAAUGUCCUGGUUUUAAUCCACGCUUGAGUUUCUGCCUGCACUGGGAGUUUCAGGAUCAUCGAUGUCAUGUUAGCGAAUCCACAGACUUAAUCCAAUAAAUUCUCUUGUCAUA